AGAGUGUAGAGAGAGAGAGAGAGAGCGUGUGUAGAGAGAGGGAGAGAGAGAGAGCGCGUGUGUAGAGAGAGGGAGAGAGAGAGAGAGAGAGAAAGAGAAAGAAAGAAAGAGAAAGAGGGGGAUUUACAGACGGGACACGGACAGCCGAAAGGAAAAGUGGAGGAUAAAGUCCAGCAGAGGUGAGCAUGCCAUAACGUAGAGGACCACCAUCAGCUGAAGGAACCUCAAACUGUCGUGAUUAACGUCUGUCCACUGGACACGUCUGGACACUGCUGGAAUUUCUCUCUAUUCACCCAUCCAUCCAUUCAUCCAUCAUCCAUCCCCCUUUGUCCCUCCAUCCCUUUCCUCCCCUCUUGUAGGCCCCUUCCUCUCCCACCCUCUGGUCAUCGUCAUUUUUCAUUCCUAGUUUUGAUAGACGUCAGAACAGGAGGGAUGUCCAUCGCGCUCAAGCAAGUCUUCAACAAGGACAAGACGUUCCGGCCCAAGCGGAAGUUUGAGCCGGGCACGCAGCGUUUCGAGCUGCACAAGAAGGCUCAGGCGUCGCUGCACUCGGGCGUAGACUUGCGGGCGGCUGUGCAGCUGCCGCCGGGCGAGGACCUGAACGACUGGGUGGCAGUGCAUGUGGUGGACUUCUUCAACCGCAUCAACCUCAUCUACGGCACCGUGUGCGAGUACUGCACAGAGAAGAGUUGCCCGGUGAUGUCCGGAGGGCCGCGCUACGAGUACCGCUGGCAAGACGAGCAGAAGUACAAAAAGCCCACGGCGCUGCCCGCUCCGCAGUACAUGAACCUGCUGAUGGACUGGAUCGAAGUGCAGAUCAACAACGAGGACAUCUUCCCCACCAGCAUAGGAAUCCCCUUCCCUAAGAACUUCAUUCAGAUCUGUAAGAAAAUCCUAUGUCGGCUCUUCCGGGUCUUCGUACACGUCUACAUCCACCACUUCGACCGCAUCAUCGUGAUGGGCGCCGAGGCUCAUGUGAACACCUGCUACAAGCACUUUUACUACUUCUGCACUGAGCUCAACCUCAUAGACCGCAAAGAGCUGGAGCCACUGAAGGAGAUGACAUCACGGAUGUGUCAUUAAGAGACGCAUCGGCUCGGCGCGUAUGGGACGGUAAUGGGCCUCGGAGACUUCUCUGCGGCGAAUGAAACCCAGUUUGUUGCAGGUGGCUGCGGCGGUCGAGGCAGCGGCAUGAAAGACUGUUUAACCAGAGGACAUUAGUUCAUUGUCGGAAACCUGCUGAGGAACCUUGACUUAAGGAAGAGUAAAAGUAGCCUGAGCUCACGCCUCCUCACCAAACACACUGACGGAGCACGCUACUGUUCACUAAUGUUCACUCGGCACAACAGCACCACCUGGUGGUGGAAACUCUCACACCUCGUGCUAUUGAAUUAGCCCACAAGGGGGCGAUCUAACCCAGAAAAAUAGUCCAAGGGGUUCGAGAUGCGCUGUUUGAGAAGUCAAAUACUAUGCAACAUAAAGGGUGGGGAUGGUUAUAUUCACCUGAAGUAAUACUUUUAGGCUACGUAUUGUUUAAGGGUUUGUUUUUAAUUCCUAAUUUUACUGCAACAACAUUGUGGAGAAAUGAUUUAACCCCCUGUUUGACCAGGCUUUGACGGUGUGGUUAACCUUAAUGAUUUAUGAAUUUGUGGUGUUUGGAAACUUACUAGAUCUUGUUCCUAAGCUGAUUCCUAAGCUACCCAUAGAGCUGAGUUCUAAAUGUAAAGUGGAAUGUUUUUUAGUGACAUUGUGAUUCCACACGUGGUUGAAUUUGCAGUGAUUUGGUCUGUAGAGAUGAUUACAAUGAUAAUGGAUUAUAUUCAGGAUUUUUUAGGAUCGAGCUCUUACACGGUGGUUGUACUGUUUUAUUUUUUAUUACAAAGCAAAUAGAAAUGCAGGGUUUAUGAGUCCGUACUGACAUCUGUCGGGUGUUAGAAACUACUGCAUAAACUGUACGCUACACACUUUGCUGAAAAUCCACUGCAGUGCAUUUUUGUCAGUUUAAAAUGCAGUAAUUGUGUGUGUGUGUGUGUGUGUGUGUGUGUGUGUGUGUGUGUGUGUGUGUGAGAGAGAGAGAGAGAGUCACACAAACUGUAAUGAGUGUGUUCAAAACCAGGUGCGCACAUUUAUAUACUCACUGCAAAAAAUAGUAACUUGUCAAUGUGUGAAAUGUAGUUAAGUGACCCUUAUUAGUCCCACAGUGGGGAAAUUUCACCUCUGCAUUUAACGCCACACAUUUGAACACACACACACACACACACACACACACACACACACACACACACACUUGCCCGGGGCAGUGAGCAGCACUAUCCGCAGCGCCCAGGGAGCAGUUGGGAGUUAGGUGUCUUGCUCAAAGGCACUUCCGUCACUUACUGUUGGCCCAACGGGUCAAACCGGCAACCUUCCGGUCACAAGGCUGGUUCCCUAACCUUCAGCCAGUAUAGCGAGAUCAUUUGAAUUUACUUAUGUGGUUUUGAUGUGUGUGUUACUCAGUGGUCUGGUCGACCCAGUUUUUAAAUCAACGCAGUCAUAACAGUUUCUGUGAAAAUACCAGAUGUUUAAAACAUCACAAGUGUCCAGUGUAGGGUUCUCCUUUAGCAGCUGUAGCCAGUCAGCAGCCUGUUCGUGUUGUUCACCCUCACACACACACACACACAGACA